GAGCUCCUUCUCUUCCUUCCUCCAUGGUCUAAUGUAAUUCUGAACACUGUGUGUGUGCCUGUAUGUGUUAUUUUCAAAUUGGUUAAUAUGAUCCCUUGGGCGGCUGAAAAACCAUAACAUGGUGGAAGAUCCAAAGUUACAGGCUGACAGACACUGAUGACUGACACACUCAUACAGGCUGUAUGAAUCAGACUUGCUCCAAAUGGUUGGUUGGCAAACGGCUGUUCUCUUCCUCGUUGUGUUCUUCAUUGGACUGUACUGGAUUCAGCAGCCUGUGAAUCUUCCACCAGGACCGACUGGUUGGCCAGUCGUAGGCUGUGCAUUCAACGUCCAGAAAGGACAAACUCAUAUUGCUUUCACCGAAUGGUCCAAGCAGUACGGAGAUGUGAUAAGCGUUCGACUUGGCCGUAAGCUCUUCAUUGUUCUAAAUGAUUUACGCAGCAUCAAGAAGGCAUUGCAUGAGCAAGCUGAUGUAUUUUCUGACAGAUUUGUUCCACACUUGACAAAGCUGAUGGGAGUGAAAGGCAGUUUCCUUUUUGAAGACGGUCCCAUCUGGAAGGAGCGUCGUCGGUUUGGUCUCGGGGCUCUGAGAAGCUUUGGUAUGGGAAAGAAAAGCAUCGAGCAUUCCAUCAACGAGGAAUCACGGUACCUCCUCGACGGUUUCGCAGACCGAAAAGGAAAACCAUUCGACCCAGCCCACCUCGUCAACAAUGCCGUCUCCAACAUCAUUUGUAAAGUUUGCUUUGGGUAUAGGUUCGACUACUCGGACCCCAAGUUCGCUGAACUUAUCGGUCGUCUCAGAGAGCAGUUGUCUCAAAAUGGUCCUACGUCAGCUUUUAAUAUCUUCGAAUGGGUUUUGCACACACCAUUAAUGAAUCGGUCAAUAGGAAACGCCCAAAAUAUCUUUGACUUCGACCAUCAUAAAUCGUACGAUGAAAAUGACAUCCGGGAUAUUAUUGACAUGGGAAUUGCCGAGGUCAGGCAGUCAGAAAGCAAGGAAAAACAUGACGACGGUCGAAACUUCACGGAUAUCUUCAACGACGGUGCACUUUGUCGAAGUAUUGUGGAUUUAUUCAUCGCUGGUACCGAUACAACCACUAACACUCUGCUUUGGACUUUGAUGUACAUGGCUCUCAAUCCUGAUAUGCAAAAGAAGGUUCAGUCUGAGAUUGAUGACGUCACUGGAGGGAGUCGUCAGCCCCUAAUGGCGGACAGUCCAAACAUGCCGUACACCAAUGCCGUUAUCUUGGAGACUCAACGCAUUCGUCCCGUGGCUCCUUUAGCGGUUCCACACAAAACGAGGGACGACACGACACUGGACGGGUAUACCAUUCCGAAAAAGACAUGCAUACUCGUCAACAUCUGGGCAGUACACCAUGAUCCUGCGACGUGGACAGAGCCAGAGAAAUACAACCCAGCCCGGUUCCUCUCUGCUGAUGGCAAGAGUGUCAUUCAACACAAAUCACUCAUUCCAUUUGGAACAGGUAGUUUUAUAUUUGAAAACGGCGACAUAUGGAAGGCGCGUCGUCGCUUUGCUCUCGGGGCUCUGAAAAAAUGUGGUAUGGGCAAGAAAAGCAUCGAGCAUACUAUCAACGAGGAAUCACGGUACCUCCUCGACGGUUUCUUAGACCAAGAUGGACAACCAUUCGACCCAGCCCGACUCGUCAACAAUGCCUCCUCAAACAUCAUUUGUAAAAUUUGUUUCGGGUACAGGUUUGACUAUUCAGAUCCGAAGUUUACUGAGUUCAAUGCAAUGACCAAAGAACAGUUAUCUUCCAAUGGUCCAGGAAAUGUUGUCAAUAUGUUCAGUUGGAUUAUUCGCACGCCAUUUUAUGCCCGGGUGAGAGAAACAAAUCAGUUUCUGAAGGAUUUCCUUUUCGGACUUGUGCAGGAACAUCGUCAAUCUUACGAUAAAAAUGACAUCCGGGACAUUACUGAUAUGUACUUCACCGAGGCUGACAAUUUGAAAGACAUUGGCCCACAUGGGAAGAAUGCCUUCAGUGACAGAGCUCUUGGUCGCAGUAUCUUGGAUUUAUUUAUAGCAGGUACAGACACCACUUCUAACACAAUGAGUUGGUUGCUGUUGUACAUGGCCAUCAACAGCGAUGUACAGAAGAUGGUUCAGUCUGAGAUUGAUGACGUCAUAGGAGGGAGCCGCCAGCCAUCAAUGGCCGACAGUCCUAACAUGCCGUACACGAACGCUGCCAUCAUGGAGACACUACGCAUGCGUCCAGUGGUGCCUUUAGCUGUUCCUCAUCAGACGAAGAAUGACACCACACUGGGUGUAUACAAGAUCCCCAAAGAAACACGCGUUUUAGUCAAUAUCUGGGCAGUACAUCAUGACCCUGCUCUGUGGACAGAUCCAGAGAAAUACAACCCAGACCGGUUCCUCUCUGCUGAUGGCAAGAGUGUCGUUCAGCAUGAAUCGUUCAUCCCAUUUGGAACAGGUCGCCGUGUCUGUUUGGGGGAGAAUCUUGCCAAAUCCGAACUGUUCUUACUGUUAGCCAACAUGCUCCAGCAGUUCAAUUGGACAGUCCCAGAUGGUAAACCGAUCCCCAAACCAGAGGGAAGCAAGGGAAUUAUACUAAGCCCUGGUCCAUAUGAUCUCUGUGCCACAAGGCGUUCUUAGCUCGCGAAGCCUUCAGAGAAAUACUUAUAAGGAAAUGCGUGACAAUGCACUAUAUGUCUUCUGUUGAGCUGAUGUUCUAUUCAAGUGUCAUUGUCAAUUUGAACAUGAGAAAUGAAUUCCAAAGUAGAGAUAUUGAUCUGUUUCCGAUUAUAUUAUUCAAUGGAUACUUGUGUUAACGAUUUCUUUGUAAUGGGCUGUACUAAACAAUGGUGUUGGUGGGUACCAGGGUAAUUAUCCUGACAACUUUGUCAUUAUGAGUAUAGUAUUAUUAUUACUAUAAAGUGUUAAUAGGUGUUAAUAGGUGUUAAUUUGCAUCGGGGAUAAUGAUUAUUUAUUACGGUUUUAACCUUCUCACACCGAUGUGUGUUAGCGCUGCAUACUCGACUAUCACCCAAGUUCUGUGAAAGACAAAUCACAGGUAAACUUCUUCAAUUCAAUUCAAUUGUUUAUUGUCACACAUAUAAAUACAUAUACUGUACAGUGAAAUUCACUUCGGCUUGCGAGUCUAAAAUUACAAAAAUUACAAAAAAAAUAAUGAACAAUGCGCCCAUUAUGCAGAGAGACAAUAACAGUCUUGCAGUGAAACUUAAGAUAGUUUAUAAGUGAACAUAAUCACUGUAGCAAAUUGUAUACGCCUAAAUGAAACAUGUAAAGAAGAUUCUGGAAAGUUUUGCGGUAGCACGUGUGUGCGGCCCCAUAAUGUAGCCCGAGCCCUAAAUGUAGCCUGACCACACGUGUAAUAAGUAUCUCUAAAUAAGUUGGGGUUGUUCUGAAAAGAACCGUUGGUUUCAACUUUAACCUUAAAGAAGGUUUCUUAAUUUUUGAACCCGAAACACCGGGGUUAACCAAUCUGUCUAGCUGUAUAUUUAAUUUAUGAGCAGUACCAAUCAGUGUACAUGCACCUAACGGAUUUAAGCCUCAUCUUAAAGAGAAAGCAAUGAUUAUGGUAUAAUUAAUAAUUUUUUGUGUGGGGGUGUGGUUUCAGGAGUUAAUUAUGACAAUAAUACAAGCAUUUGUAAAAAAAGCGCAUUUUGUUCAAAUGGUUGCAAUGCGAUGACCGGUAGUAAAGUCCAUAGAGGUACAUCGUAUACCGAAACUUUAAAAAAUAAUCUAGACUUGAGUUGACGUUUGAAAAGAUAAACGCAUUUGCAAGGUAGCGAGUUUAAGCAGGCUUUGUCACCUGCUCGUUGGAAUGUGCGAUGCAUUGUCAAUAACGUUUCACAAGCAGUGACCACGUACCUACAGCAGGAUGGGCUUGAUGAAAUUUGUUGUGCAUUUCUAUGUGUGUUCGGAAGUUUGGAUUCAGUUGAACGUGCUUGGUUAUUAAAACAAAACCAAAUUAUAA